ACAAAGGCUACAUAACACUCGAGACAUUCAGGAAAGAUGCGAAUGAUAAUAGUUGUGGUGCUGUGCCUGUUGCUCCAUGCUCAGGCGGGGACCGCGGUCAACAAACCAUCAAACAGUCAAAUUAUAAAAUGUGAUCGCCUACUGGCCUUCUCGAACUGCGAACUGAUUUUUAAGUGGAACUUUUUGUAUCUAGACGUUAUCAAAGCGAUUGCGAAGCAAAUAAGGGAGCUCUUAGCCAAGUACCCUUUUGCCGUCAAAAAGCUGCCCGACAUCUACGUUAUGAUAUCUUCCUAUUUGUUUUGCGAUAAGCCCUUGUCGAAAGCCUUAGACAACAUCCCAAAACUUCUUGGAGUCGGGAAACAAAAUUGCAAGCCGAUAGAAAAUUUUGUGUCCAUUACCGUCUAGACUAUGUCAGCCAACAUAAUGCAAUUCUCCUUCUAAUGUCAAUAAUUUUUCUUCAAAAAUAAUAAAUUAAGUUUUUUUCAUAUCGGCAUA